AUGGCUUCCUCAAAAGCUGUUUUCAGGUUAAUCGCCUACAGACGGCCAGCGCUGUCGCAGAUAUCGCCCCAGUCCUCCACACAUCUACGCUCCACACCUGCGUUCUCAUUCUCAACCUCCUCUCCAGUGUCUGCGACACCCGCCGGCCCUCCACGGCAAGGCUUCCGCCUCCCACCUCCCAAGGCAUGGGACCAGGGCGAUGAAUCCGCCCUCGACAAAGCCGGCAAAUACUUCCUCAUGACAGAGAUGCUACGGGGCAUGUACGUUGUAUUGGAGCAAUUCUUCAGACCGCCAUAUACCAUCUUCUACCCUUUCGAAAAGGGCCCCAUAUCCCCCCGAUUCCGUGGAGAGCACGCACUACGCCGCUACCCAUCCGGCGAAGAGCGCUGCAUCGCCUGCAAGUUAUGCGAAGCCAUAUGUCCCGCACAAGCCAUCACCAUCGAGGCCGAGGAGCGAGAAGACGGAAGCAGGCGGACCACUCGCUAUGAUAUUGAUAUGACCAAGUGCAUCUACUGCGGUUUCUGCCAGGAGAGCUGUCCUGUCGAUGCUAUUGUUGAAUCACCAAAUGCCGAAUACGCAACAGAAACGAGAGAAGAAUUGCUAUACAACAAGGAGAAACUGCUCGCCAAUGGCGACAAAUGGGAACCAGAGAUAGCUGCUGCCGCAAGGGCUGAUGCGCCCUACAGAUAA